GGGGUAUAAAACCAGCUGCUGCCUUUGUUCCUUGUUUACACGCUGCUGUUUGUGUAAGCUGUCGGUGUUGAGCAGAAUUUGUGCGUCACCUACUUUCGAGACAAAAAAAAAACUCGUUUUCCACGUUACACCUUACUUUAUUUCGUGUCCUGUUCACGGAGCAUGUUUUUAAACUGUCCGUUUUCUGAGCUGUUUUCUAUGGAAGAACAAGGCAACCAAAUCCUAGUUGAAAGUAAUUUCAACCAGAGAGACGCUUUUAGAGAAUCUUGACUUUGUCCGGCUUCGUUGCCCGGUGUCUCUUGAGUGAAGAUCUGGGUGGAGUUCACCUAUCUUGUUUUCACAUCAUUGAUCAUCAAGAUCCUUUUUUCCCCAAACUACAUUUUCCAGCAAGUAAAAAAAAAAAAAUGGUUGGCUUCAGACCUGCAGAUGUGCCCCCAACAGCUGCUGUUAAGUUUAUCGGUGCAGGAACUGCAGCGUGCAUCGCUGACCUGGUCACCUUUCCUCUGGACACAGCCAAAGUUAGGCUCCAGAUCCAGGGUGAGAGCAGCGGUACUACGAAAGUGGGUUCUUCCCAGGUGAUGAAGUACCGUGGUGUGUUUGGUACCAUCACCACCAUGGUGCGUACGGAGGGGCCACGUAGUCUCUACAACGGGCUAGUGGCUGGACUGCAGCGCCAGAUGAGCUUCGCUUCGGUCCGCAUUGGCCUGUAUGACUCGGUUAAGCAGUUUUACACCAAAGGAUCUGAUCAUGUGGGGAUUGGCAGUCGCCUGCUGGCAGGCUGUACCACUGGUGCGAUGGCAGUUGCUGUGGCUCAACCCACAGAUGUGGUAAAGGUGCGUUUUCAGGCUCAGGUUAGCGCUGGUGUGGAAAACAAACGCUACCAUGGCACUAUGGCUGCCUACCGAACCAUUGCCAAAGAGGAGGGGUUUCGUGGUCUGUGGAAAGGAACUGGCCCAAACAUCACCCGCAAUGCCAUUGUGAAUUGUACUGAACUGGUCACUUAUGACCUCAUCAAAGAUGCUCUUUUACGAAAUACACAGAUGACUGAUGAUCUUCCAUGCCACUUCACAUCUGCAUUUGGUGCUGGUUUCUGCACCACAGUGAUUGCUUCUCCUGUCGAUGUUGUGAAAACAAGAUACAUGAACUCUGCCCUUGGCCAGUACAACAGUGCUCUGAAUUGUGCUCUGGCCAUGCUGACCAAGGAGGGACCUAUGGCCUUCUAUAAGGGGUUUAUGCCUUCUUUCCUGAGGUUGGGCUCCUGGAAUGUUGUCAUGUUCGUCACCUAUGAACAGCUGAAACGUGCUAUGAUGGUGGCCCACCAGAAUUGGUCUACUCCUCUUUAAGUUGCCAGGGGAUCUGUGCUGAUAUCAUUCUUGUCUACCUUUUGAAUUAUCUGCUCUGAACCCCUUCAUGUCCAGCAGUUUCCCCCCCAACCCACCCAAACCAUUGAUUUUUAUGUAACUCAAGUGUAUCCUGGGACUAAAAAGCUGGUCUUAUUUUUCUUUUCUUUUUUUUUAUAAAUAAUGAAGCUAUUCUUUUAAACAAUGUCAUUAAAGUUUCUGAAAAUACA